AUGUUCCGGAUCGAGAGUCUCGCGCCUGAGUUGGACCCGGAGGAGAUGAAGCAGAAGAUGCACGAGGAUGUGGUCUUCCUCAUUCAGAAGUUCCUCAUCUACGUGGCCCCGCUGCGAGUCACUCCAUACAUCUUAAAGAAGCUGGAUAGCAUAUGA